UUCAUUCCAUUCCACCUUCGUUUUCUUUCAAGCUAAGGCCACAUAUUGGAGGAUUCUAUACAAGAAUGAAGAUGGCUUUUACUUUUGGUGCACGAGGAUUCAUUCUACUUGUAAUUGCAGUCUCUUUCUUGGUAGUUGGUGAGGCUAGAACCAUUGUUGUCGGAGGCUCAGAAGGCUGGCGUCUUGGCUUCAACUACACAGAUUGGGCUCUCAAAACAAGUCCUUUCUACUUGCAUGAUAAAUUAGUAUUCAAAUAUGCACCCCCAAGCGACAACUCUGUUGCUCCAAAUGUUUACCUACUACCAAACCUAUUGAGCUAUAUGGCAUGUAACUUCAGCAGUGCAAAGCUGCUGGCAACCGAAACACAAGGAAGUGGUGGAGGUUUUCAGUUUGUGCUGAACAGCUGGAGGCCUGCAUACUUUGCUUCUACCAUGGAGGAUGGCAAGCACUGCAGUGAGGGGCAGAUGAAGUUCUUUGCUAUUCCAUGGCCACUUCCGAAUUAGUUAUUGAUGACCUUAAUGAUGCUGGAGGGCUUGAAAAAGACGUAGGCAGUGCUUCUUGUUUUCUGUUCAUCUAAUUUUAGUUGUAGGGUAUAAAAACAAUCAAUCAUGCAGAUCAUCUGCAUGAUUAAUGCAUAUCUAUAAAAGGGUUUGUUCCCAAUUACUUUGUUUGGUUUAAGUUUCGUAUGCUUUAUGGCUUUUAGGGAAACAAGUGUGGGAGGAAUAUUUGUGUUUGUUCUUGAUAUAUCUGCAUGAAUUAAAUAAAACAGCCUUUUCUUUUAAACUA